AUGUUUUCUUCACAAGUGUGUUCGAUCUUUCAUUCGCAUCCUAAACUAACUUCGUGCCAUUGGUCAUCACCAGGUCGAUCGAUAACAAAUGAGCGGGGUACUACUUCAUUCGGUUAUGAACAAUCAUGCCAAAGUUCAGCACAAUUAUUUGUCAAUAAAAAAGCACAUCCCAAACGACACCUUCUCUGUGCACUUAUUGCAACUAUCUUAUUCCUUCCGACUGGUCUGGGAGCGAUCUAUUUUGCAUCAAAAUCUUGGAAAUGCGAGUGCCAUGGCCAUUACGAACAAGCAUUGAUUUACUCGAAUCGAUCGUUUUCGUGGGCAGUAGCGACAUUCGUCAUUGCACUCUUCUUGUAUUUGACCGUUGGUCUAUUUAUUGUUAUCUGUAAAUCUCGUCCGUAUUGA